AUGGACUGCCUCUUUUCUCAGACUGUUCCAACGGCUGCGCUGGCCGAGGAGCUCAGUAUUGAGACAAAAUUGGCCAAUCAGUGUGAUGAAUCGCCUAUCUAUGGUGCACAAGUUGCAUCACCAGGAAUUUUAAAGCAGGCAGCUGCCGACUUGGGCAUUUGCGGAUCCAAGCAGCAACUGAAACUUGCAGAUAAAAUCAGCUUCAAGAUCAACCCGGGCAGGUUAUGCCUUAUUUUGGGAAACCCCAGCCACAUAAACUCCGGCUUUUUGAAAGGAAUUGCCGGUGUCGGUGAGAAGAAUUUGCACAAAAAGACCGGCAAAAACUGCAUCCGGUACACAAACUACGUGAAAAAGUCGCAGUUGGUGUACUGUGGGUACGAGGACGUCCACUUCCCAUGUUUGACCGUUAAGCAGACGCUCGACUUCUCGCUCAGGUGGAGAUUUCCAAGGCUUAAGGCCUCGCAAAGACUCGAAAUCAUCAUGAAGCUUCUUGAGUCGUUUGGAAUGCAGCACACUCUCAACACUCGUGUUGGAGAUGACUUCUACUCGGGUAUCUCCGGAGGUGAGAGGCGUCGUCUCUCGCUAUUGGAGGCACUUGUUGCCGGAGGAGCGAUCACGUGUCUUGAUAAUGCUACCAGAGGUCUAGAUUCUGCCACUGCAGGCCGAGUUUUGGACGUGAUGCGUUCUCUUUCGCACAAGUACGACAUCUCGUUUGUCAUGACGCUUUACCAAGGUUCCGAGGAGGUGUACGAGCGGUUUGAUGACGUUUUGGUGUUGUUCCAGGGCAAACAGGUCUACUUUGGACCUGCGGACGGUGUGGAAAGCUACUUCAACAAGUUGGGAUACCACAAAACAACAUCGAGGCAGACCACGAUGGAGAUGGUGGACCUUAUUUUGGACACUGAGCUCUCUCUUGAGCAAAAACAGCAGACUGUCAUCGACAAGAACUUCGAUUUGAACCGUGUUCCCCGUACUCCGGCCGAAUUUGCAUCGGCCUGGGAGUCCAGCACUGAAUAUCAGAAUCUUAUGACUGCGAUCAGCUCGCCGGACGGCAAUGCCUCGGGAAGUACAACUUUCGACAGUUACAAGUCGCAACUUGAGCCGAGAGCAUCUUCAGAGGAGUCUGUUGGAUUGGCUGGGUUGGAUCUCUCGCCUGCAAAGGGGCCUUUGCGCGUUUACAGCAACUUCUGCACGUGUUUCCGCCGGAAUUUCACCAACAACGUCCGGAACUGGUUGUUCUACACGGCCCAGAUGAUCACGAUGAUCUUUUUGGCCAUCUGUAUCGGUACGUUGUUCUUCAGGCUCGAUAUGGAUACCAUGGGCUCUUUCUCAAGAGGCUCUGUUAUCUUUUUCGCACUUCUUCUUUUCACGUUUAUCGCUGUGUCCGAGGUCCAGAUCAACUUUGGAAACUCCUUGGUCAUCAGCCGCCAGGCAUGUAACUAUCGCUUUUACCAGCCUUGGAUUGACUCCUUCUCGGAUAUCUUGGCCGAAAUCCCCUUCAAGUUGUUGGAGGAGUUGAUCUUUUUGAUUGUCUUCUACUUCUUGGUCGGCCUCAACGGCGAUGCAUCCGGCUUCUUCUCCUUCUACCUCUUUUUAUCCAUCACUGUGCUUGUCGUCGACGAGUUUUACCACAUGAUCGCCCGUCUUUCGUCAACUAUCGCAGUUGCCACCUCUCUCUCUGGUUUGGCACUUCUCUGGUUGGCCAUGUAUGCCACGUAUGUGGUCCAGCAGCAGCAGAUCAAGGUCUGGUUCAAGUACUGGCUCAUGUACACGGAUCCUCUCAUGUAUGCCUUUGAGUCACUCAUUACAACUCAGCUUCACGGAAAGAUCAUGCACUGCAACAACGUCAUUCCCUCCGGAAACAAGUUCUACGACUCCUUCCCAUUCAUGAAGCGUAUCUGUGCCUGGCAGGGUGCUUCUUUGGGUAACGAUUUUGUUCGUGGUGACGAAUAUGUCAGUGAGGCUUUUGGUUACAAGUACAGCCAUGUUUGGAGAAAUCUCGGCAUUCUUUUCGGCUUCCUGGUCGGCUUUUCGCUGAUCGAGUUGGUGGGAAUCCAGAUGACCAUCGGCACCAAGAAAUCCAAGGCCAUGAAGUUGGUCAAGUUCCCAGAGGGAAAGAAGACAGAGGGUGUUGUUCCGGCGGAAAACGACCCAGCUGCCGGCCGUGCCGACGGCCCAGCCAACCGCGCCUUGCCCGACGCAAUCAAGGAGAUGCGGUCCGAAAACUCAGCCGAUGGAAACGAGUACUUCGCGUGGAAAGACCUCACGUACACUUUGCCAAGUGGAAAGUGUCUUCUUCACGAAAUCAACGGUUCUGUCAAGCGUGGUCAGCUAGUUGCACUUAUGGGAUCAUCUGGUGCCGGUAAGACGACACUUUUGAAUGCUUUGUCUGGAAGAUAUGCCCAGGGUUCGACCACUUCAACGAGUAUUUCACCUUUGCCAGCCCGAAUUGGUUAUGUCGAGCAGCAGGAGAUGUUUGUUGAGGAAUUGACCGUGUUCGAGGCCUUGAAAGUGUAUGCAGACUUGCAUGGAAAGACUAGUAAGGCACCUUCGCAAACUGUCGAAGAGAUAAACAGCUUGAUCUUGCUUCUCAGCUUGACCAAGUACCGCAACUUCCAGCUCAAGUCGCUUCCUUUAGAGCAGCGUAAAAAGGUCAGUUUGGGAAUCGAACUUGUCAACAGACCCUCUCUUCUUUUUGUCGAUGAGAUCACCUCUGGUUUGGACGAUUUGUCUGCCUACAACAUUAUUUGCUGCCUUCGUGACUUGGCCCGCAAUGUCAAUAUUGCCAUUCUCUGUACUGUGCACCAGCCUUCGCCUUCCUUAAUCACCUUGUUUGACAACUUGUUGCUUCUGAAAAGCGGCGGUUACCAAGCCUACUACGGUCCAAUUUCGAGCACCUUGAAUUUCUUCAGCCACCACAACCUUCGUCCUUGCAGAAAGACCGAAAACGUCGUCGAUUACAUGAUUCAGAUCACCGCCGACGAGUCGGUCGACUGGUCCGACUACUGGAAGACCUCGCAGGAGUCACAGACUUUGCAGAAUCACUUGGGUGACGUUUUCCAGAACUUCAAGCAGGAAAAAAUGCAAAGCUUGCAGUCUCCUCGCUCCCAGGAUUCAGAAUCUCCUAAAUUGUCGUACAGGCAGCAGUUCAAUGUGAUCUUCAGAAGAAGUUACAUUGAAAUGCGCAGAAACGAAAACUACAUAUGUGCAAAGCUCGGACUUUACGUGUUCUCUGGUCUCUUCAUCGGAUUCUCGUUUUUCCAGAUCGACCACAGUAUCAAAUCGCUUCAAUCCUCCAUGUUCGCCAUCUUCUUGGUUCUUUGUGUUUGCUCACCUUUGAUCCACCAGGUUCAGAACCGUUGCAACUCCUCCAAGCUUCUCUACGAGAUGCGUGAGUUCAGACUCUAUCAUUGGUCUGUUCUCCCACUCUGCCAGGUUGUUUUAGAAGUCGCAAUAGCCAUUAUUGGUGCCACGCUCUCCUAUCUUUGCUUCUUCUUCACCUGGUCCGUCAACAAUAACUCAACCAGGGCCGGAUACUUCUACUUGGACUAUGCCAUCAUGUUCCAACUUUAUUAUGUCACAUAUGCCAUCGGUGUGCUUUAUUUCUCGCCAAACGAGUUGAUUGCAGAUGUCUACGCCUCGCUUUUCUUCGCUUUGAUGGUGGUCUUCUGUGGUGCCAUGCAGCCUUUCUCUAUGAUUCCUGCAUUCUGGAAAUACACCGUCUACUAUGAAUCUCCAUUCACAUAUUUCUUGGAGAACAUGAUGACCGAACUUUUCGACGACAGGCCUGUUAUCUGCGAUUCCGACGAGUUUGCACUCUUGAUGCCUCAGGAUGGAAUGACUUGCGGUGCCUACAUGAAGGACUACAUCAAGAUGAAGGGAGGAUACCUCAAAUCUUCUGCCACUACCAUUUACUGCACUUAUUGCACGUAUGCUUCCGGACAGGAGUUCACAAACAACCUCCACAUGUACUUCAAGAACCACUGGAGGAACUUCGGUAUCAUGUGGGCCUUUGUCGUUGGUAAUGUCAUUCUUAUGCUCGCUGCAUACAAAUGCAUGCUUCUAUUCCGCAGUAGACAUAAGCCUAAGAAGGAUGUCACUAGUGAGACUGUUUCUGAGUCUGUUUGA